AUGGAAGAGGCACUGAGGCAGUCACUGGAAAUAAUGGAUAAAGCACAAGCAGAGCUUGCAAAAGUCACUGGAAAAGGAAAAUCGAUAGAAGUUGAUGUUUCCCGAUUGUCUUACUUAGAGUGCAUUAUUAAAGAAACCCUAAAAAUGCAGCCACCGGUUCCUUCCUUAGUUCCGCGCAAAGUGGAACAAGAUGUUGAAGUGUGUGGUUAUAUCGUCCCCAAGGACUCACAAGUACUAGUUAACGGGUGGGUGAUUGGCCGAGACUCAACAUUUUGGGAUGACCCUUUAGUAUUUAAACCUGAGAGGUUUUGGAAUUUGAAUUUGGACAUGCGAGGACAAGAUUUUGAAUUGAUUCCAUUUGGUUUUGAACGAAAAAUAUGCCCCGGAUUGCAACUAACAAUGAGAAUGGUUCCAGUAAUGUUGGGGUCGUCGUUGAAUUCCUUCAACUGGAAACUCGAGGCAGGAAUUUGGCCGAAUGAUUUAGACAUGGAGGAGAAGUUUGAUGUCACCUUAGGCAAGAACCAUCCUUUGCGAGCUAUCCCAUCUCAUAGUUGA